AUGGCGAACAGUGUAGCACCAGAUUCGUGGGAACAGCAGGCGGACAACGGAGACAUCGGCCCACCACAAGACAAGUCCAUCGAGAGUAAAUUCUCCACCCUGAACGUAAAUGCUGCGGAAUUUGUGCCUUCUUUCUGCAUCAAUUCUUCACCGCAGAACAGCAACACGGCCGACAGUUCCUGCAAUGUCGCUGUCAUGAUGAAUGCUGUAACCACUUCUAUCCCUCCUGAGAUACAUCACGAUAACACUACACCAGUGGUUUUACCAGAUCCAGUGGGUAGUCGUGUGGAGGAACCACCUGCUGGAGGAGGGGCUCCACCUCCAAACGUAAACGACCAGAUAAAUAGUAGCCCUGAACAUCAACCAGCUGAUUCAUGGGAAGAAGCAGCAGUAGAUGGCGAUCCCCUUUUAACUCCUGAAAAUGAAGAGGCUGAAAAUGAAGAAGAUGAAGAGAUGGUUGUUAAGAUUCCCAAGAAAAAACCUGUUAAAGUAACAGAAGAUACUAAGAGUAAAAAAGAACAUGUUAAUGUUGUUUUUAUAGGUCACGUUGAUGCAGGAAAAUCAACGAUUGGUGGUCAGAUUAUGGCAUUAACGGGAAUGGUCGAUAAAAGAACCUUAGAAAAGUACGAAAGAGAAGCAAAAGAAAGAAGUAGAGAAACGUGGUAUUUGAGCUGGGCUUUAGACACGAAUCAAGAGGAACGAGAAAAAGGAAAAACGGUGGAAGUUGGUAGAGCGUACUUUGAAACUGAAAGGAAACAUUUUACAAUUUUAGAUGCUCCCGGUCAUAAGAGUUUUGUACCUAAUAUGAUUGGCGGAGCGGCGCAAGCCGAUCUCGCAGUGUUAGUUAUCUCCGCGCGGAAAGGAGAAUUUGAGACUGGUUUCGAUAGAGGCGGUCAAACGAGGGAACACGCGAUGUUAGCUAAAACUGCUGGCGUUAAACAUCUAGUUGUGCUAGUGAAUAAAAUGGACGAUCCAACUGUAGAGUGGGAUGAAAGAAGAUACAACGAGUGCAGGGAUAAAAUAUUACCAUAUCUUCGUAAAUUGGGAUUUAAUCCUGCUAAGGAUCUUACGUUCAUGCCAGUCUCAGGACAGCUUGGUUAUGGUUUAAAAGACCCGAUACCAGAACAUCUUUGUACAUGGUAUACUGGUCCGCCGUUCAUAUCUUUUAUUGAUUCCUUACCUUCACUUAAUCGUAAAAACAACGGACCUUUCAUUAUGCCAAUUGUUGAUAAAUAUAAAGAUAUGGGAACAGUGGUAAUGGGAAAGGUCGAGGCUGGAGAAGCAAAAAAAGGACAGUCGUUACUUGUCAUGCCGAAUAGGACGGCAGUGACGGUAGAUCAGUUAUGGUCAGACGAUGAAGAAGUGACAUCAGUUGGUCCUGGUGAGAAUGUAAAAAUUAAAUUAAAAGGCAUUGAAGAAGAAGAUGUAAGUCCUGGAUUCGUUCUGUGUGAUAGUAACAACCCGAUAAAAACAGGGAAAGUGUUUGAUGCUCAAGUUGUAAUUUUGGAGCACAAGAGCAUUAUUUGCGCUGGCUACAGUGCUGUGAUGCAUAUUCAUUGUGCAGCAGAGGAAGUUAGAGUAAAAGCAUUAAUCUGUUUGGUCGACAAGAAAACUGGGGAUAAAAGUAAAACCAGGCCGAGGUUCGUCAAACAGGAUCAAGUGGCAAUAAUGAGAAUCGAAUGUGCAGGUGUUAUAUGUCUUGAGAAAUUUAAACUAUUUCCACAGAUGGGACGUUUCACCCUUAGGGAUGAAAGUAAGUACGAUAUCCUUUGCAUUUUGUAUAUUAAAAUGUGCAACAAAAUUUCAAAAGUUUUAAUUUCAAGUUAAUUAUUUCUCAUUUACAAUCAUUUGAUCAAGUUUCAACUGGUUUUUUUCUUGCAACUUGCAGAUAAGACUAUUGCAAUUGGUAAGGUGCUGAAAGUGGUGGAGUAA